CUGGAGGAGAGGGAGGGAUGAGCAGGGGUCUCCAAGUGCGACAGGCCAGUGGCCAUGGAGAAGGAGCGGGGCACCAUGCAGGCGUGGAAGGAGCGAGUAGGGCAGGAGCUGGACCGCGUGGUGGCUUUCUGGAUGGAGCACUCCCACGACCAGGACCAUGGGGGCUUCUUCACGUGCCUCGGCCGUGAUGGGCAGGUGUACGACGACCUCAAAUACGUCUGGCUGCAGGGGAGGCAGGUAUGGAUGUAUUGUCGCCUCUACCGCAAGUUUGAGCGCUUCCGCCACUCUGCGCUUCUGGACUCUGCAAAAGCAGGUGGCGAAUUUUUGCUGCGUUAUGCCAGAGUGGCGCCGCCUGGCAAGAAGUGUGCCUUUGUGCUGACCCGGGAUGGCCGCCCGGUCAAGGUGCAGCGGACCAUCUUCAGCGAGUGUUUCUACACUAUGGCCAUGAACGAGCUGUGGAGGGUGACAGGAGAAGUGCAUUAUCAGAGUGAGGCCCUGGAGAUGAUGGAUCAGAUCAUCCGCUGGGUGCGGGAGGACCCAUCGGGGCUGGGCCGGCCCCAGCUCCCAGGGUCCCCAGCGGCGGAGCCCAUGGCAGUGCCCAUGAUGCUGCUCAACCUGGUCGAGCAGUUCGGGGAGGCUGAUGAGGAGCUGGCGGGGAGAUACGCCGAGCUGGGGGACUGGUGCGCCCGCAGGAUUCUGCAGCACAUCCAGAGGGAUGGACAAGCUGUGCUGGAGAACGUGUCAGAGGAUGGCGAGGAACUUCCUGGCUGCCUGGGAAGACACCAGAACCCAGGCCACGCGCUGGAAGCUGGCUGGUUCCUGCUCCGGCAUGCUGCCCGGAAAGGGGACCCCGAACUUCGAGCGCACGUUAUUGACAAGUUCCUUUUGUUGCCCUUCCGUUCUGGAUGGGACCCUGACCACGGCGGCCUCUUCUACUUCCAGGAUGUUGACAACCUCUGCCCCACGCAGCUGGAAUGGGCCAUGAAGCUCUGGUGGCCCCACAGUGAAGCCAUGAUCGCCUUCCUCAUGGGCUACAGUGACAGCGGGGACCCUGCCCUGCUGCAGCUCUUCUACCAGGUGGCUGAGUACACCUUCCGCCAGUUUCGCGAUCCGGAGUACGGAGAAUGGUUUGGCUACCUGAACCAAGAUGGAAAGGUCGCCCUUACCAUCAAAGGGGGUCCUUUCAAAGGCUGCUUCCACGUGCCACGGUGCCUAGCCAUGUGCGAAGAGAUGCUGGGUGCCCUGCUGAGCCGCCCCGCCCCCGAUACCCUUCCCCCGACUGCUGUCCCCGCCCGCCAAGGCGCGGAAUAAA